ACAACAGCAGCUCCAACAACAAUCCUUCCAACUCCAAAUGCAACUACCGCAGCUCCAACAACAACAACUACAGCAGCUCCAACAACAAUCCUUCCAACUCCAAAUGCAACUACCGCAGCUCCAACAACAACAACUACAGCAGCUCCAACAACAAUCCUUCCAACUCCAAAUGCAACUACAGCAUCUCCAACUACCGCAGCUCCAACAACAACAACUACAGCAGCUCCAACAACAAUCCUUAUAACUCCAAAUGCAACUACAGCAUCUCCAACUACCGCAGCUCCAACAACAACAACUACAGCAGCUCCAACAACAAUCCUUCCAACUCCAAAUGCAACUACAGCAUCUCCAACUACCGCAGCUCCAACAACAACAACUACAGCAGCUCCAACAACAAUCCUUCCAACUCCAAAUGCAACUACCGCAGCUCCAACAACAACAACUACAGCAGCUCCAACAACAAUCCUUCCAACUCCAAAUGCAACUACAGCAUCUCCAACUACCGCAGCUCCAACAACAACAACUACAGCAGCUCCAACAACAAUCCUUCCAACUCCAAAAGCAACUACAGCAUCUCCAACUACCGCAGCUCCAACAAUAACAACUAGAGCAGCUCCAACAACAAAUUCAACAGAUCCAAAAACGACAAAUCCAGCAACUCCAAUAACUACAGCAACUCCAAUGACAACUAGAACAGCUCCAACUAUGACAACCACAGCAGCUUCAACAACUCUAGCAGCUCCAAUGAGAACUACAGCAGCAGGAGGCCAAACAACAACUCUAAAGCCUACAAGUAAUUCAGGUGUGUGUGCUUCGAGCCCAUGUCUCUGUGGAAGCACCUGUGAAGAACGUGCUGACCAGACGUAUGUGUGCUUGUGUCUGGCUGGUGAAGCUCAUGGGCCUAAAGGCUGUCAAAAGGCCAAAGUCUUUCCUGGACUGCUAGUCUGGAAGGAAAAAUAUGAUCCUGAAAUGUCUGACAAAACAUCACAAAUAUUUAAAGAAACUUCAGAUAAAAUUAUUGAUUUGAUUGACAAAGAGUUUAAAAAUAAACCUGGACACAUUUCAUCUUUACUGCUGGAGCUCCGCGAAGUGAGACGGGAGACAGGCAGCGUUGAAGCAUCACUACAAAUAAUUUUUGAAACAACAUCUGACUUCAAAGAAGACGCCGUAACAGAAACAAUGAUGAAUCUCACCUGCGAAAGCUGUCCGUUGCCAGGAAGUUUUACAUCCAAAAACCUUUGUGAUUCCGAUCCAUGUGACAAUUCAUCAACAACAUGUAAACCUACAGCCGGCAGUUUCACAUGCAGCUGUGUAGAUGGCUACAUUAACACAGAUUACAGUGACAAAUUAUGCAUGGCAUGUCGCUCUGGUCAGAAAGCUGUGAACAAUGAAUGUAAACCAUGUGACUUUGGUCGUACUGGCUUGAACUGCGAGGAUGAACGGUUGUUGAUCGUCGUGAUUGUUUCCUCUGUCCUCGGAUUCCUGCUGGUCGUCGCACUGAUCGCUCUGCUAGUGGUAGUAAAAAAAUUCAAGAGGACCCAAUUCUUCAGGACCAAACAGGAAGACAUCAGGAAGCUGUUCCAAAUCCCAUCUCUUGCCAAAGGCCCACUGUCCAGCAACAGCAAUGGCUAUUACACCUGGUUCAAAGAGCCAGAAGGCAGCCUGGCAAAUUCUGGGGAUCCACGAAUCCCACGGGCCAACAGCAUCAGCAACUGGGACAACCUGGCGAUGACUCAGUGGAUCAACGAGCAAAACUCACCAUUUGAUGGCAACCGUGUUGACAUGAUCUCAUUCUCCCAGAGUUAACUCAAGAAGAACCGCCAUGUCCAGAACUGAGACACAAAACCUUAAGCUCAGAUCCAAGAUCAGAGGGAAGCUGGAUCACUUCAGGGGUUCCUAUAGUGAUAUUUUUCCCAGAACACUGUAAUUUAUUAGAACCCUUUUGAUGCAAAACAUGUAAACAGGAGCAUUUCAGCUAAGAUGUGCAAAGUAAUGUAGCAGAUAUUCUUGUAUCAUGUGUUCCUUAAUAUUUUUAGCUGCGACUGAGUCUGUAUAAGUCUGUGUGUAAUUUAUACACACAGACUUAUGUGUAUAAGUCUUUGUACACAUACCUACUUACUUACAACAGAGUAAGUCUGACAACUUACUCUGUUGUAAGUUGUCAUAAACCAGUUUGCCUUUCAUGAAGUUUGAUUUAUAAUUACAAUCUCAGUCACUCAAUCUCUCAGUUCUGUAUAUUAAUUGAAUUUAAAUAUCUAAUUAUUUUUAUUUUCACUGAAUAAAAGCUCAGAGAAGAGCUGUUGGUCAAAUAUUUGUUUGGUUCACUUUUGAAUUUACUAGAGUUGUUUUUCAGGUUUAAUUUGAGUCUCAGUUUUAGGUUUAACUAAGUUUUGGUGAAUGAGACGAGCCGAAAUUUUAUCCAAAUCACAGAAUAUGAAGAUAUUCAGUUUCUUUCAAUCUGUGCUGUAUAAAAGUAAAAUAAUUUAUAAUAUAAUUGCAGUAGUUUGGAAAAUAAUUUUUCUCUUUGUGUUUUGGAAUUUCUGAUAGCAUUUUUAAUUAGGGGACAAUAAAGGUUGGAUUGUUGGCUUUUGAGUUUCAAAUGUUUUAUAAGGGGUUCUUGCUGCGAUGAACACAUUUAAUGUUAGAUGGUUCAGACAGUAUGUCUGUUACUUACUGCUGAUAUUUUCAAAAGGAAAUUUUAACCUCAUUAUUGAUUAAGACUGUAAAUCUCUUAUUACAUUUGGGAUUUCUUGUACAGAUAAUUCUCCGGGUGUAAAAUUGUUCAGUUGAGUGCUAAUUAUAUUGCUCCAGCAGCUGUAAAUCAAGGUUUGGUUAACAAGCUGCUUGACAAAUAGCAUACAAUAGUUUUUUUUUUUCCAACAGUUGUUAUUCUGGUGAAAGAACUGUGAGCUCUGGAGUACCACAGGGAAGUGCUCUCGGAUAGUAACUGUACACUAUUUAUACUAAUGAUUUACCUUCUGUGCACAAUGAUGGAAGGACUAAAAGAAAACAAAUAAUUGUUUCUGGGUCAAAUAUCUGAUAAAAAAAACAAACUAAUAAAAUUUUUACAUCUUUUAAGCAGUUUUCAGGAUGUGAACUGAAUAUGACAGUUAUAACAGCUAAGCAUGUGUUCAACUGUAAUUUACAUGUAUUAUGUCAUGUCUUGCAUGUCUGUUUAGUUUGUUAGUUAGUUUGUUUUUAAUUUGUAAAAACAGUUUUUAUUGACGUAAAUAAAGAUCAGAUAUCUCAAAGUCGGUAAAUUGCUACAGGUGAGUCGGGGCUCAUGCGUUUGAUAUAUAACUACUGUAAUGAACAUUUGGGGUGAAAUAAAGACAUACUGUA